AAACUGGCAAUGCUUCGCGAUGCUUCUAUAUCUUCGACGCUGAUACACUUGACUCGUUAACUUCCGCAAUGCACUUCGCGGUAAUCAAUCAGUUUGAUCGCAUACGUUCAAGGAGAAACAGUGACUUGGUAUCAGUUAAAGGUGUGCUACGAUUGAAUUAUCGGUGGCGGCGGAUUACAAGCAGAGUGUGCAGUGAAACCCAUAUAAGAGUGACUGUUUUUAGUUCAAGGAUUCAAUUUUUCGCUUGCUGUUUUUUGACGCUUCGUUGGAUUGUGCUGUAGUGUUGGUUUCGGAUCAAUCGCAGAGGAUCCUUUUGUCAAGAAAACCGCAUUGGAUGUGCUACGAUUGAAUUAUCGGUGGCGGCGGAUUACAAGCAGAGUGUGCAGUGAAACCCAUAUAAGAGUGACUGUUUUUAGUUCAAGGAUUCAAUUUUUCGCUUGCUGUUUUUGACGCUUCGUUGGAUUGUGCUGUAGUGUUGGUUUCGGAUCAAUCGCAGAGGAUCCUUUUGUCAAGAAAACCGCAUUGGGUGAACAUUCCUCAAGCAUUGCGGAUUGAAGUCUCGGUGUACUACGAUUGAAUUAUCGGUGGCGGCGGAUUACAAGCAGAGUGUGCAGUGCAACCCAUAUAAGAGUGGCUGUUUUUAGUUCAAGGAUUCAAUUUUUCGCACACUGUGCCAUUUUACAUCCGAUUUUCAUCAUUGACCUGAGAAGGCGAAGUUUUUUUUGCAUCGGACAUUUUUUCUCGUUUCAGGGUGAACAUUCCUCAAGCAUUGCGGAUUGAAGUCUCGGUGUACUACGAUUGAAUUCUCGGUGACGGCGGAUUACAAGCAGAGUGUGCAGUGAAACCCAUAUUAGAGUGGCCGUUUUUAGUUCAAGGAUUCAAUUUUCCGCUUGCUGUUUUUGACGCUUCGUUGGAUUGUGCUGUAGUGUUGGUUUCGGAUCAAUCGCAGAGGAUCCUUUUGUCAAGAAAACAGCAUUGCAUCACACAUACUGAGGAAGGAUCCACCGCCGCUGAAGUGUGCACGGUUCUUGCUAGCAGCAUGUUCGAAAUGAAUGAAAUGUUCCUAACGCAACUACAACCUACCAACGCACGAAAUUCCGAGCAACAAAGGGGAAGGCGGAAGUCGACAUCUGUCCACGCGGACCCAACCAUGCAGACUUCGGCUCUAGAACAUCUCCUGACGCGUUUGAUGACAGUUUUUUAUCAAGCUGGGGCUACUCAGAAGGAGGCCGAUCACCUACUGAUUCCUCGAAAUGAAGUUUUGUGUGCCGGUAGGUCUCAGUACCAAGAUCGAAAUAGUUCCGAUAAAAGAUUACAUGCUUCGCAUGUAAUCAGAAUCCAGCUUGCACAGAAGAUGCUGUCAAAGCUGGAAGGAUUUCCCGACCUGCACGAGGACAUAAAAACGCACUUUGGCUACACGGAGCUCGUGGAAAAGUGGGCCAAUAUGUGGGGAGGAAUUGGGCAGAACAUUGACGAAUUACAAGCUCCGCUGUUGAAACUUCUAGAGGUGGUAGAUUUUAGCCAAGAUCCACCUUGUUUGAUUGGGAGUAUACCGGAAAGUUACUACAAAGAAACGUUAAAUGACCUGUAUGAGCAACUUAAAAAAAUUGAAACAAAUGAUUCCGUCAUCAUGAAGUUUCAUUCAACAAUUUCGCCAGGACUAAUUGUAGGUCCUGGCGAAAUUGUUGAACUUUGUAUACAAUACACCAAGAUUGUAGUAAGAAAAUGGCUGAAGUUUUCUGGAAAUCAUUUCAUGAACAAGGCUUCGAUCAAAGACAUUCUUUCUCAAUUAAAUGUUUUAUUGCGGACGUCGAACACAAACCAUUUACUGCAGCUGGGCAGGGAUGGCUACAAAAAUUAUGUGCAACAGCUAUCGGCAGCCCCAAAAGAAAACGGUGUGGCCAACGGCAACAAUGACGUUUCCUCAAAUAGCGUUAAUGCUGUUUGGGGUCCAGUUAAGGAAAUGGCCCGCAGCGUUAUUGGACAAUUGCCUUGGCUGUCAACUGUGGAUGUAUUGGUGAUAUUGGCGAUAUUGGUGAUAAUGACAUUGAUUAUAUCAUUGAUUUCUAAGUGUAUAACUUCACAUAUGGAUUUGUCUGAUUUCCGAAAUUCAAUAUUACCUAGAUUAUUGGUAAUAGGUUGGUAUUGUUUAUCUUUUGUCUUUAAAAAAUGGAAAUAAACACUUGAUGUUUAUACCCACCCCGUUUAGGCCGUAACUUAUUUCAUUUAUUUCAUUUUUCGUGGAUCUUGCCAGCUCUCGCACCUUCUUCUUGGUGUUCUUCAUAAGGUUUUGGACAACCGUUCCGUCGAUGAUUUUGCUUAGGUUGACCCAGUUUUUCUUGAAUUUGAUGACGUCCUCUGAUCCUCCAUCCUUUUUCCGUAGUUUCCCUUUCAUCAAAGUCAAAUAUUUCUCAAUGGGCCUUAUUUGCGGGCAGUUCAGAGGAUUCAUUGGCUUUUCCACAAAUUGGACAUUGUUUUCUUCAUACCAGUCAAAGGUGUCACGCGCAUAGUGGUGUACAAAAAGAUGUACUUAUUUCCCUUUCCCCCCAUGGUUCUGUCAUCAAAUUGAUAACUUCUACAUCACUUCUUUUCUUCACUUAUAUUGUCCUUCUUAUAAAACUAAAACACUUAAAACUAAAACUAAACACAUGAGCACUGACUUCUAUAAACUCAACUAUUAACUGACUACAUACUGACUGUAUACUCCCGACUCCUGACUCCCCUCCUCUAAACAUAGUCAUCUCUUUUAUAAUUUGGCUUCAAAGUAAUAUUUAUGACCGUACACGUCUGUUUUGGCUACCUAGUUCAUACCUUUGGGUGUUAACGGACAUUCGUUGAACCCCACGUGACUCGCGGUUUACUGUUUACGUUAACGGUGUUUCGUAGAUUCCAACGUGCUCGCUCGGAGCGUUCUGACCUCUAGCAGUCUUUGUUUGUCUUAACGGUGAACCAUUGAUUCACAUGUGCGUGCCCAGGCGACACAUUAUAUUUACUGUUUUUACACUGAAACGCAAACUUUAUCGCUACUAGGGUAAAAGUGCCAAUGUUCCACAUAAGUGACAAUUACAUUAUAUUUACUGAGAAAUCCUAAUCAAUAUGGAAUAGUAAGGGUGAUAUCGACUUAGGGUCGUUAAAAUCUCCCCUUUGCCAAUCAGCUGUUUGAUUCUAGAAUUGAAGAUUUUAGAGACAAACGGUAAGUGUAGGUUAAAACAUUAUUUUUAUUAUUAUUAUCAUUAUUAUGAUUUUGUUUUCAUCCCCGAGAACUUGUUGAUAUGUUGCUCUGCCUUCAAAGUCUGCUUCCUUGGGUUUCCGUUUACGUUACGUAGCUCCACGGAUGAUUUCAGAUUCCAGGUGUGGGUAUCCGUUUGCCUAAAGCCGCUCUCACAUACCUUCCAUGAUUUCAGAUGAAUGAAAGAUAUCUUAACCAUGCAAAUGUCUAUUGUCGCAACCUCACUGGUCUCGAACACGUUUGUAAUGCUCCGUUUCAUCGUCGAGUCAUAUAGGACAUCUCGUCUUCAAAAGGGUGAAAACCUUAUAUUCUUAUUCCAUUUUCGGCUUCUGGUUUGGUAGGAGAAAACCGGCUCCACUCAAUUUUCGUAGUAAAUCAAAAUAUCAUCCAAAAGUCUUCUUUCCAACUUCAGACUGCUUCCAUGCUGUCCGAAUCAUGCAGUUUUUAGGUUGAAACUGCUUGCUUAUAGUUUGGUUAUUAUUUUGCGCAUCCAUGUUGAUGACUAUCGAUAUUUGUUGUAGAAUUAGUCUUGAGUAACGAACUAAUUGCUCUGCACCGAAUGUAUGGAUUAUUUGUUGUGUUAAUCCGUAUUUGUGUGUUUUUCAAUGACAGUAAAAUCAUUAUGAUUUCAAUUGCUUAUCAUACCUCGAGCUAAACAUUCUGCUUGGUUUCUACCCGGGAUCUUAUUCCGUCACUUGUCAUGAUGUAACUCCUUCCAUACCACCCAACACCUGUCCUCUGUCGUCAUCCUCUCCAUCCGUUCAUAUACCAAAAUACAAUUGGGAUAAUCGUGCCCAUCAGCGGAAUGCUGACCAAUCUUCCAAUUUGCAGUGUACCAUCAGUGUGUUGUCCUCUUCGAUGAUGACUCUCGGGGAAUGAAUCAGGCCAAAAUAUUUUAUUUUUACAGAUCUUUAAAGUCAUUCUAUCUUGUAUAUUGAUUGAUUUGUGUUUUAUUUUGUUUGCUUUCAAAUCAAAAUCUGUUCAAAAUUACAUUGUAUUAUUAUUAUCUGUAUUCUGUAUAUAUUGAUAAACCAAUCUUCUGUGUUUAUUGCGUUUUUUUUUUCAAUAUCUUUUGGCAUCAUUAUUGAAGUUCUGUUAGAGUCGACGUUUUUUUUUUUUUUUCAAAUAUAUGUAAAAUUUAAGCUGUAGUAAUGUAAGCAUUUUGCAGGAAUCAUUAAGAUCAAGCAACGGAUUGUAUAUUAACCUCGCAAAAUACUUCACACUACGCAUUAUUAAUAUAUUACCUGUUCCUUUCAAUCGUUCCUCCAGGCUAGUUUCUGUCUGUAUAUUCGCUACAGCUCCUCGCUUUUCCCAUUCGAGGUUGUGGGUUCCUGUAAUGAAACUAAGAUCUUGUGUUUAAUUCAUAUUUUAUACAAUAAUUUUAAUAGUUGAAAUAGUCUUUGACCACAACUUUUUUUUCUACUUGUUCUUCAUUUAUGUUUUUAUAUAUACCUCUUUAUGUAUUAUAUAUCUUUAUAUAUUGUAUUCAGUAAGAUUAUUCAUUCAACCUCUUUUUUUCCUUGUUGGUCACUGCGACCAGUUUUUAGAUCUAUUAUGACAUUCAUUCAGCCUUGCUGAAUUAUUUUUGUUUUCUUUUAGUGAUCUUCAGAUUUAAUUUUUUAUUUAUUCAUUAUUUUGCUGUUGCCCCAAAAACCCUUUUUCAUUAUUGUUCAACCCCCUAUUGGUUGUUAUAAAUUUCCCAUACCCACAUUUUUUCCCAUUAUCCCUAUCCCUUUAUUUAUUUAUUUUUUUAUUAUAUCAUUGUAAUGCUCGUACUCUGUGACCAGCAUCCUUUGUCAGUUGGUAAUGUUGUCCAAUAGUAUUGAUGUUUCUUUCAAACAUUUACAAACUCGAUGUUUCAUACGGGGUCGCGAUCCCCUUGUCCAUUCACACACUCAUUCUCACUCAUGCUUUGAAAUUGUUACAUCCUGUCAGUUAUGUUCUGUCAUGUAUAUGUGUUAUGUAUGUAUUUUUGAUUUUGUGCGUUAUUGUUUAUGUAUGGGUCCAUACGAUGUUUUUAUUUCGUCUUCAAAAAUCAUGUUCAUUUUUUGAUCAUUUCAUUCGGUUUAUUCCAUUGAUUCAGCUUUUUCUUAGCCUUUUUUUCACCCUCAUCUGUAGAGCCUUUUUAACCACUGCGUCCAUUAUUUAGGAAUAUUGUGGUUUUAUUAGCAUGGUCAUACCCAAAUUGUUCAUUAAAUUCUUUUCAUUUAUAUUGUCCCAAGAGAUCCCUCUUAUUAUUAGUUCAUUUCAGAACUCAAGAAAAAAAAAUCAUUUUUUUCCAGUUUUGUUUUAGUGUGUUGCCCAUAAUAUCAUAAAAUAAUAUUUGAUCAUAUGAAUUUAUUGUUCAGCAUAUAUUUUUGUUAUUGUUUUUAAUUGAAUAUUUAUAACUUAAUGGUCUUUUGCAUUUUUAUUCUACAAAAUAAUUUUUAUUUUUUUAAAGAUAUUUAGUUCUUAUUAUACUAGAUUUUUUUUUUAAUUUUUGUUUUAAAAUAUUUUUGUAUCAUUCAAUAUUUGUUAUAAUAUAAUACAAUUUAACUAAUAUUUACAAGGUUGCUAUGUACAUAUUUACAAAUAUACCUAUAUUGACCGAUAUAUGGUGGUUACUCAUUAUACUUUCGUAGUCUAUUAUUAUGAACCUUUUCUAAUCUUUUCCCGUUUUUAAUAAUAGUUGUCUGUUCGCUUGGAAAACUGACCACUUCAUAUGGUCCCCUCCACUGGGAUUGCAAUUUUUGUCCUGAUCCUGUAGGAUUCGCCUUUACUAGAACCAAGUCACCCCACAUUGGUUGCCAAUCAUUGGCUUGUUUAUCAUAAACUUCUUUACGCUUCUUUUUUGAUGCUGUUAAAUUUCCUCGUGCUAAGUUGUGGAGAUAUUUCAAAUUCGCCCUCAACUCAUCUGCAUAAUCUCCGUAAGUAAAUUCCAUAUCUCUCAUUCUGUAAAUAGAAUUUGGUAUUCUUGCUUGCCUGCCAUAUAAUAGUUCAAAUGGUGUAACAACAGGGUGAUGAGUUUAUCGUAGUGUUGUAUUGAAACGUGAAAUGUGGUAAAAGUUUAUCCCAUGUUUGAGGAUCGCCUCCAAUAAAUUGACGUAAAUAUAUUUUCAGUUCUCUGUUAGAUCUUUCUACAAGAUUUGCUUGAGGAUGGUAGGCUGUGGUUGUAAUCUUUUUAAUUUUCAAUAUUUUACAAACAUUUUUCAUCAAAUUGCUAACAAAAUUUGCACCAUUAUCAGUUACUAAUUCUUUUGGUGCUCCAAACUUGCAAAUAAAAUGGUCUACAAAUGCUUUGGCGACUGUAUGACUUUCUUGAUUUUCCAUUGGUACCACCGUUAAAUAUCUAGUCAAAUCAUCUUGUAUCACCAACCCGUAUCUGUUGCCAUUAUUAGAUUCAGGUAGUACAACGAUAUCCAUUAAAAUCUUUUCAAAAGGUUCUGCGGAUGUAGUAGUAAUUUUCAUAGGAAUUUUGUUUGCAGCUCUGAUUUUGUUCUUUUGACAUGAAUCACAUUGCUUGACAUAGUUUUCUAUAUCUCUACGCAUAUUUUCCCAUUUGAAAAGAGGAUUGAUGCGUUUCAACAUGCGCUUGCAUCCAACAUGUCCACCAAGCGGACAAUCGUGAAAUUCUUCUAAAACUGUUUCUCGCUCUUCUGGAGAUACCCACAUCCGAUCCUUAUCGGGAGCAUACAAUGUGAAAUUCUUGUCAAACUUAUCAGCAAUAAAUCUCAUAAUAUUUAGGUAUGGAAGCCUUUGAACAUCCCUAAAUGAAAUUAUUUGAAUAUUUUUCGCUGUUUUUGCAAACUUUGGGCAAUUGACAAAUGCAUCCACAAAAUUUUCUAGAACGAAUUUAGAGUCACCGAUUUGAGAUCGUUUAGACCCGUUCAAAAUAAAUCCCCAUAUUCUUUGACUUGGGAAUGAGAAUAUUCUUCCUUUUAAAUGGUCUUUCAAUCCAUGUGGUAAAUCUAUGAAAUCGCUUAACUCCUUAUACGCAGAUCUGCUGUUGAGUAUUAGGAAUGUUGCAUCAACAUCUUCUGUUGGAAGUUUUUCUUUAGUAAAUUUUAAAAGCUUGUCAUUUAUCUGAUCAUUACAAAUUGCAUCGGAGAAAUCUUCAAUUGAAAUUAGUUUGUCCAAAUUAUCAUAUUUAUCAGCAUCCCUGAUAUCGAUGUUUUCAAGACCAUCCAUGUUCCACUCUUCUGUUCAUUCUUUAAAAUUUUGGAAUUUCCUGAUUUUUCCGUAAUUGGACCUGGAUUUUUAUUCUUUUGGAUAACUUCGCUAUUUUGUUGCUGCUGCCUUUUUUGUUGUCUUGUCAUGACAGCGAUAUGAUUAGAAUCGUCUUCCAUUUCAUUUUUAUAAUGAAGUCUAGAUAAGAAAUCCGCAACAACAUUAUCCCUUCCUUGUUUAUAUCGAAUGUCGCAUUCCAUUCCUUGCAAUUUCAGUCUUAAUCGUGUUAAAGUAGGUGAUGUUUCUUUUAAAUGCCAAAGCGAGAUCAGUGGCCGAUGAUCCGUGUAGACAAUAAAUUUUUGAUUAUAAAUGUAGUGUUUGAAAUAGUUGACCGCCCAUACUAUUGCCAAUAAUUCUUUCUCAAUUGUAUGGUAUUUUCGUCUUUCUCAAUUGUAUGGUUUCGGCCCCAACAAGUCCUCUGCUUGCAUACGCAAUAGGUCUAUCUACUGAUUUAUCAUUUGAAAGCACCGCUCCAAUAGCAUGGUCACUUGCAUCUGUGGUUAUUACAAAUGUAUCUUUAUAAUUUGGUCUUACCAAUAAAGAGUCCGAAGAUAAAAAUUGCUUGAGUUUUUCAAAAGAUUCUUGACAUUGUUGAGUCCAAUUAAAUUUUACAUUUUUCUUUAAUAAUUCGUUCAAGGGUUUUCGAAUUUCUGCCAUUUGUGGUAUGAAUUUUCCAUAGAAAUUAACUGUACCUAAAAAUGAGCGAACAUCUUUGACUGUUUUUGGAAUGGGCAUUUCUUUUAUAGCUUUUAUGUUGUCAUGCGUUGGUCUUAUACCUUUUUCAUCAACAGUGUGCCCCAAAAAUUUCAAUUCGCUUUUCAAAAUUUGACAUUUGGUCGGUUCCAUUUUCAGGUUAUGUUUACGAAGAGCUUCCAAUACUUUAACAAGAUUUGCGUUAUGUUCUUCAAUUGUUCGUCCAAAGACAAUAAUAUCGUCUAAAUAAACAAUUGUUUUAAUACCAUUAAUUUCAUACAAAACAGAGUUCAUCAAUUUUUGGAAAGUUGAUGGACUGUUCCUUAAACCCAUAGGCAUCCUUGUAAACUCAAAAUGACCCUUUGGAGUUGAAAAUGCGGUUUUUGCAGCGUCUUUUGGAUUUAUUGGUACUUGGUAAAAUCCCGAUUUUAAAUCAAUUGUUGAAAAAUACUUGCUGUCUCCUAGACUGUCCAAAAUAUCGUUAAUGAGAGGAAUUGGGUAGACGAAAGGCUUGGUUAUCAAAUUGAGAUCUCUGAAAUCAACCACAACUCGAUACUUUUUAUUUCCCUCUGCAUCUAGGUCCUUUUUUGGUAUGCACAAUACUGGCGCAUUCCAUGGACUUUUGCUAGGUUUUAUGAUCCCUUGCCUUUCCAUCUCUUCAAUUUCAUCAUUGAUUUGCUUCUUCGUGGAUUCUGGAAACCUAUACUGUCUUUUAUUGAUUGGUAUAUUUGUUGUAGUUUCAAUCUCAUGCAUGGCGGCGUUUGUGACUGUAAGUUGGUCGCCCUUCAAAUAGAAUACAUCGCUAUACUGUUCCAUAACUUUUUCCAUGAAAUUGAAAUUUUCUUUUGUUAAAUGUUUCAAAUUUAUUGUGCAGAGUAAAUUUCUUACUCGAUCAUCUUCUUUCAAUUGUGUUUGUCUUUUAUUUUCUGUUAAACUUAUAUCUUGGUUUGUAUCCAAAUCAUCGGGUAAAAUAUAUUCCAUAGAUGCUACUUUGAAAUUUCCAUUAUAAUGUUCUUCUUCAGAAAACUCUUCAAAUUCUUUUUCCAAAUAUUUACUUGUAGGUUUUUACACAAUGUUUCUUCGCUGGUUUUCGUGUCUUGGAUAUCAAUUUUAUGUUUAUUUCUUCUAUUACGAUUUCUACCCUUAUUGAUAUUAUUUGCUUUAUGCAUAUUGGACCCUUUAUCAAUAUUAUUUGUUGUAUCUUUUCGAAUCUCCUUAAGAUUAUUAUUAUUAUUAUUGCAUUUUUCAAUAUAUACCUUAUUAGUUUUGGUUUUUGUUGGCUCUUGGCUUGCUUUUUCUGAUACAAUUUUAUGUAUAUCCUCAUGUGAUUCGAGGGAACCCAUAUUAAUAUUUGAAUGGCUAUCUGUUUGACCAUUGCUAUGCAUUAAAGUAUUUUUAUAUUUGUCCAUAUUUAUAUUCGGCUUACGUAAUAUUAGAUAAGAAAAUUGCUGAUCUAUAUACAAGGUGUAUUCUUUAAGAAAUUCCGCUCCAAUUAUUCCAGGAGAACAUAAUUCUUUUACUAAAUGAAACUUAAUUUUAUAGUGUGAAUUUCCCAUUGGCAAAAUCAGUUCUACUGAUCCUAAUGUCUCGGACAGUGUAGAAUUAAACCCAGAAAUAGUAAUUUUUUCGGAGUAGUCUAUGUUAUGCGCGCCUAUAUUUGCCACUAUGUCCCACCCCAUAAAAUUAUAGCAUGAACCGGUAUCUAAUAUGUACUUGACUUUUAUGUUUGGUUUACUUAUCGUUCCAAGAAUCAAUAAAAAUUGAUUUUGUUCUGUAUAUAUUAUAGGUAUUUUUUCAUGUUCCGGAAUGCAGGUUCUUAGCCUUUGUGGCUUAUUAAAUGGAAUGCUUUGUUUAUAUUUUUCAAAUUUAAAAAUAUUUGUACUUUGCGUACAAUCAGUCUCGGCAACAUUUACUUGGUACCGUCUUUCUAUGGUCUUUCUCUGACGGGGUAUUCGGACACAAUCAUCGAAUCCCUGAUAAAUUAGUUUGUUUGUGUUCUGUUUUUUCUCUUCGUUGGAAUAUAAAGAUGCAACCCUGGAAUGUAUUUCUUCAAUUUCAUCCCUUUCGUCAUUUUCCUUUGACAACCAUUUUAAUAACUCAUGGAAAGGUUUUUCCCUCUGUGAUAUUCCUAUUUGUGCUAGGCUUUUAUUGCGCAAGCCAGCUAGGAAAUGUUUCCGUAAAUGGUUCACAGCAUAUUGUCCUUCAUUUUCUACCCAUUUAAAUAGUUCCUUGGCUUUGUUUUUAUAGGCAUCAAAUUGCUCGUCCUUAUUUUGCCACAAUGUUUCAAUUUCUUUAAUUAUGGACCUUAUGUCCUUUUGAUCACGAAAUGCUUGUGUCAAAUUUUCUCUCACCUCUUCCCAGGUAUUCGCUGCUAUAAUACUAGGCAGGUAUUGCAAUGCCCUUCCUCUUAAUUUCAUAUAUACCACAUUGAGCAGUGCUCUGUGGGUUUCUCCUUCCACAAGUUGAUCCGCAAAGAAAUCAACUUGUCCUAUGAAAGGUAUUAAGUUUUCUACAUUCCCAUCAAAUUCUGGGAUGCAUUGGAUUACCUGCGAAAACCUCUCCAUGAUUUCUUUUUAAGUGAUUUAAAGCAACGUCAGUAUUCCAGGAUUAAAAAAUAAAUAAUUAUUCAAGUAAAAAUGAUUGUUAACUACAUUCCCAUAUUUGUUCCCCCUACUUAGACACAUAGUGCAGUCUUUCAUUAUCUAUCUUUAUGUGAAUAGAUCAAAUUUGCUUGGCUUUGCGGUGAUACUAACGUAUCGCAAACAAUAACAACAGCGCAUGGUUGAUAUGCUAGCUACCAUUAAACGGGGCUCAGGCAAAAUCAUUCUAGCGUAAGAGUCAACCGACUUGUUCAGUUAAUGCAUGCGCCAGCACCGAAGGUGUCGUUUCAAUAUUUUGCUUUUUUCAUUCUUUCGCACAUUGGCUUUGGUUACUAUCGUUUCGUUACUCAUCAUACCGUUAUGCACGUAUAUGAACUUCGCGACCUAUCUUCAAGUAUCAAAUUCGUCACACCGAUUGUUGGGUGGUUUUUGAUACGUUUAAUAGGGUCAUUAAGUCCUGUCUAGAUUUUUUUUUGGUUCAAACCUUGGUUCAAACAUGGUGAGUACACAUUUACUCAUUUUCGACGUGUUUAUAGGUUGUCGAUGAAAAUAUGUAUUAUUAUUAUUAUUAUUUUUCUUGUAUCCCGCCCUUGGCCUUAUUGAUUUUGAGUUAAAUCAUUAUUAUUAUUUCAGUUUCAACGUUUGGAAAAAGUUUGUACCUUGGUAUGUACUGUUGCGAUCAAAACACCAUGUUUGAUCGUAUUUAUUAAUGAAAACGGUAUUUUGUUUUUCAUUUUACAACCCCAUUGUAGAAAAUGUGCAAAAAUAAAAUGAAGAGAUUGUUUUAUACUUAGCCUCAGCUAGCACUUGUUUCCUCAUCGUCUCGCGUCUUGGGUUGCUCUGCUCCACUGCAUUGUUCUUCCCAUGGAACAGGUUGCAGGUUGUAAAUGUUGCACUGCUGCGUGUCCUCUGCAAUCGAGCGAUUUCUUCUCAGCACUGAUCAAUCUUUGAUUUCCGAUAUUAUACCACCACGAUUGAUGGCACUACUGUUCCGUUUUUCUGCACUUAAAAAGUUUUAGACUUCUUCACAGUCAUACUUAAGCGUUCCUUAACUUCCUAAGCGGUUAGUUUCCGCUGUCACCAUAUUGUACAAAAAGAUGUACUUAUUUCCCUUUCCCCCCAUGGUUCUGUCAUCAAAUUGAUAACUUCUACAUCACUUCUUUUCUUCACUUAUAUUGUCCUUCUUAUAAAACUAAAACACUUAAAACUAAAACUAAACACAUGAGCACUGACUUCUAUAAACUCAACUAUUAACUGACUACAUACUGACUGUAUACUCCCGACUCCUGACUCCCCUCCUCUAAACAUAGUCAUCUCUUUUAUAAUUUGGCUUCAAAGUAAUAUUUAUGACCGUACACGUCUGUUUUGGCUACCUAGUUCAUACCUUUGGGUGUUAACGGACAUUCGUUGAACCCCACGUGACUCGCGGUUUACUGUUUACGUUAACGGUGUUUCGUAGAUUCCAACGUGCUCGCUCGGAGCGUUCUGACCUCUAGCAGUCUUUGUUUGUCUUAACGGUGAACCAUUGAUUCACAUGUGCGUGCCCAGGCGACACAUUAUAUUUACUGUUUUUACACUGAAACGCAAACUUUAUCGCUACUAGGGUAAAAGUGCCAAUGUUCCACAUAAGUGACAAUUACAUUAUAUUUACUGAGAAAUCCUAAUCAAUAUGGAAUAGUAAGGGUGAUAUCGACUUAGGGUCGUUACAGUGGCAGGAUGCCUAAUCCGGCCAAAAUAAUAUAGGACCUUUGUGCUUUCAGAUGAGUGGCAGAAUUAGUUUCUGGAGACAUUCCUUCCGGUAUAUUUCCACGUUCAUAUUUGGGACUUUGAAGAAAAGUUACGAUUUCAUGCCACUUUAACAAAUUGCUUGCCAAACCAACACAUUUUCCCAAAUUUUUCGCAAAAAAUCGAUUUCUCCGAAUUCGGAACAUCCGUGCCACGCUUCACAGUGAAAAACUAUGCCCCUGGAAGUGCCUUGUAGCCCAAUUUGACAUACGUUUCAUCAUCCAUGAUUGUGCACAUGUAAUUUUUGCUCAAAACAUCAUCGUACAGUUUCCGUACCCGAGUUUUCACAUAAUCCGCAAGAAUUUGACUGCGUUUUCAGCAUUUCUGUUUUGGGUAGGUCUUCAGGGUAUUACGCUCCUUGGGGCGCUGAACCAUACCAAUAUUCGUUCCACACUUUUUUGCGCAAUCUCUGAUGGAUACCUCCUUUUUGUCUUUAAAGAUUUUGCAAAUUUUGCUGUCUAAAUUUGACUUGGACGCACUUAUUUUUCUGCCGUGACAUUAUAACCAAACAGAAAACCCCAAUCCAUGGGUUAUAGGACCCGUGUUGAGGGAUAUAAAAAAAAAGAAAAAAAAGCAUUGUAAAAAUUAAAAAAAAAACGAAUCCAAGGCGUCAUGCAACCGGUGUUGAGGGAUGAAUGAUUGAGGGGGUUUAAAAGAUGCUCAAUCGUUAACGGAGCUCGUAAAAGCGCUGCUAUAAGCAUUAUGAUUAGGCCAUUUGUAAUUGUUAGCUCCAGACAUGCACCGAUAGGAUCUAAAAUUGUAAGCAACUAUCUAUGCUCACCACUAAGGUUAAGUAAGGAACGCAACCCCAAUGUAUUGUAAUGGUCGAAGUACCAUAGAAAGGUUUUGAUCAGGGAUAACAUCAUUGUUAGCAAUACACUGAAGUUUUUUUACGCGGUUUUUUUUUACGCGGUCCGACUUGACUUGACUUUUUUUACGACGUUCUUUGAAAUAACGCGGUUUUUUUUACGCGGUACCAUUACCAUCUUAAAAAAAACUUCAGUGUACUUGUUUGUAAGACUAAUAUUGCAGGAUUGUCUGUGUACAAGUUAGAAUCCUGAUCAAUCAUGAUCUAAAGAGGGUGAGCAUAGCUUCUGAACGAUACACAUGCAAAUAAUAUAGUUUACGUAGGAAUCAGGAAAAAAACAUGUAAAAAGAGGGUGCGAAUAAUGUCUGGACGAGAGUAUAUAAAGAGAUCGAACAAUAAAGUCGCUAGCAGUUUUUCCUUGGACGGCACACAA